CAACAACUCACCGUAAUGGAGUGAGCGAGUGGUUGAGAGGGAAGUUCGUACGAUCGAACACGCCUUUCUACCCGAGAAACUCCAUACAGUUCAAGGAAACUUGUUUCUUAGUAUCUUUUCUGUCGAAAGAGCUUAACCCGUUGAUUUGAAGCUGAAUUUGGACGUUUGGAUUUAACUUCGUUUUGUUGAUUCGCGACACGCCCGCUCGACGAACGCCAUAUUGGUUGUAUUUCACAACUUUUCCUGACACAACAUUUCCUGGAGAGAAGAUACGAGCAGCCAUUAGGCAUAAACACUUUGCUUCUGAAAGUUUACGGGAAAGAGACGCUGUGGAGUUAGUGCCAUUUCCUAAAGAGAGAUUUGUUUUGGAGAAUCGUUGGAAUAAAGUUUGACUUGGCGCGCUUUGAUUAUUGAAAGUACUCGUGGUUUACCGACUAGCUGCUUCAAGAAAGACAAACAUUUCAGUUUGAAAAUAAAUAAAGUACUAAGCACUAUGACAACGAGGUCUGGAAAGCAUUUUCGAGGGGAUAAGAACGUUAUGAUCCACGACAAAACUGGAAGGGUAAUUUACAUGUUUUGCUUUGCACGUUUCGUGAAUGUUACCUCCCAUGUGCAUUUCAUGUGUAAAGAGUUAAAACAGUCUCCUCAAUACUUUGCAAUUUCCCAGGGCUUGUUUUUCACGUGCUCAUACCGAUUGCAUAUUUUUAUUUGCAGAUUCUGAUUUCAUGGAAUCGCUUUGCAAGAUCGCUGAAGGAAGCGUUUGAAAUUUAUUGGGAAACCAAGCAGGUAGGUUUUGCUACGAGAAACUGUUUUCGUCAUUAGAUGAUUUGACGAUCGAGCGAGAGUAGUCGUUUGUUUUGCCAGAAAUCGCCAAAUUUCUUUGCACAGUUGUAUCGACAUGUGCACGCAAUUGAAUGCUACAGAAUUUUUCAGUCGGAUAUCAUUGCUCAUGUGACAAUAAGUUGCGAUUUCCGUGUGAACAUUUUGUUAUGAAUUCGGAUCCUGCUCCAGUUGUUAGUACUUUUCCCUGGGGCCAACGAAGCGUAGAAUUAUUCCAACGUUGCUUGAAUAAUUGAUAAGUCGGGCUCUUGUAAUAUUCUCCUUCUCCCAGCCUCAAGGCGUAAUGUCAGGCUUAUUCAUUGCUUCAAGAAGGUAUUCAUUUAUUAUAAAAUCGGAUACUAAUGCGGCAUCGUUUUUGCGCAAUGAGAUGACGUGCUGACUCUAGGGAGGUCUGCGACAUGUAAAGAACACUCCGUUGAUUUGCAUCGGAUAUUAAAAACAAACUGUGACGUUUUAAUCAACUGCUGUGUUGUGGUUCAGUAUUUCGAAGGAAAUGUAUUAAGAUUUCAACCUUUUUUUGAAGUUCCUCUUGCUUGAGGAUGUACCUCGAGUCAGAGAACUUACUGGAACUUGAUACACUUCAAAAAGGUCACGCACAUGCAUCUGAUCUGCCACGAAAUGGGUGUGAUGUUUUCAAACCGUUCGAAGUCUGCCUGAAAGAUUUGUCAAAUUAGUAAAUCAAAUUCUAAUGUUUUUAGAGUACAAGUAGAUUAAGUGUAGCUUGAAUUUGGUCUUCUUAGCUGCGGUUAGGGUGCUGACAUUUUGGGAAGCAGUGCCAAUGCCAAAAUUAAUCGCUUAUCAUGAUCACUGAAUCACGAAAUUAACAUUUGCUUGGAAAGGCCUAAUAAAAAUUGCAACAGUGCUAAUUUGGAAAAUUGAUGCAAACUGCGAAUUUUAUUUUCUUUGUCAGGGUUGUUUUUAGGAAGUUGCAUCUAAAUCAAAUGUGAAUGAUAAUUGAAAACAUCUGCAAAUCAUGCUAGUAUACACAUUCUUGUUUUGAUUGAGAGAUUAAAGCUUUGUUUGCUGCAAAUCUCUUUUUUCCAUGUGCUUUAACCUUUUUUUUUAUAUAUAUAUUUGUGGAUUGUAAUCAAGAAAUUGUUUGAUCAAUCAUGACAAGCUGUUACAACAAUGGCAGCUCUAUCAAAGAAUGCCUUGUGCAAUAUUCGCAAGAGGUGUCCAUUUUCACAUUUACUCUUGUCUAGCAAUUAUUUGUAUCACUCUGUAAUCUGUUUUUGUGAAAAUCCAUGAUCCUUAAUCUAAGAUGGAAAAAAAUUUCAACUUCAGUGUUCUUAGUGAUGUAAAAUUACUUAUUUUAACACAGAAAUUUAUCACUGGAAGAUGAUAAAUCUAGAAAAUAGUUAAAAAAUUUCAGCAUUUCUUAUUUUAGGUGCCUUUCAAUAUUGUCAGUUAUAGGUAUGUGGUUGAGGAAGCUAGAAAGCUGCAGAAUUUUCCUGAUAUUGAACCCUCUGCCACAUUCUGCUGUUAUUCUUGAAUUUCUAAAAGGAUCAAAUUGGUACAAAGGUUGAGUUUUCUGAUCUUUGGUCAACCCCUAUUUUUGAGCCAUCAAUAUGACUUGCUUUAUGUUGAAAAUGAUUGAUGCUUGUUUAGAUAGGACUUUAGAGGGAAAUAGUCUCACAACUUUAAGUUAUUUUUUUCUCUCUCUAUAGGCUGAAGUAACCUCCUGGUUUGAAGAACUACCAAGAAAGAUAAAAAAGAUUCCUUUCAAGGACACCUUAUUGGCCGCCAUCCCAUUUCUGUCUUAUCUAUUAGUCUAUUCGAAUUAUUCACUCCUACGGACAAUUUUAGGACUUGGCAAAGUGACAAAACCCAACCAUACUUUCUUACCUUGGAUGGAAGUGUUAGUCUUCCAUUGCCUUCCUCAUCAAAUGCUGGCAAAAUUUGCACAUCCCGCACUUGACUGUGUUGCUGCAGUUCCUUAUAUAUUUCAUUUUGCUCUUCCAUUCCUGUUCAUCUUAUUCAAAAUUGUAAGCAAUCAUAGCAUUCGUGGAGUGUUUCCGUUUCUUUGGUGUGCAGGAUGGGUGAAUCUCGUCGCAACCAUCAUACAGUUCCUCUUCCCAACAGCACCACCUUGGUAUGUGGACUCAGUUGUUUUUAGUCCCAUGGGAGAUGUUCUCAAAGCAGGAGCUAAUGAAGCGGGAUUUCACAGACUUGAUGCAGCAUUAGGUGUUCCAUUCUUUCACGGACUUUAUGCAGCUUCUCCAUUGCCAUUUGGAGCAUUUCCUUCACUGCACGUUGCAUGGCCAGCAGUAAUAUUAGUUAGUGGACCCUGGAUAAAUGAAAAGUUUGCAAUGUUUCAUGUUGUUUGGAUCACAUGGGCUGCUCUGUAUUCAAAUCACCACUAUGGUGUGGAUGCCGUGGGGGGAAUUUUUUUGGUGUUUUUGGUCAAUUUUAUGAUGCGUAAGGUGUGGUGUCCGUUUCCUCUUGAAAAUGGAAAGAAACCCUCCUGCCAUUUUUGUAGAAGCAUAUCACCACCUUUAUUACAAGUUUAGCAAUUUAUAGAUUUGGUGUCUAUUUUUUAGGUUAAUUUUCAAAAUUAGACAAACUGAGAAUUUGAAAUUUUGGCUGGCACUUUCUCAGCCUUUUGGUUUAUUUUAACUUUUUUUUUUAAUAUUGCAUUUGUUUUUAUUUACCACAACCAACACAGCUAAAAAUAAAAAAUUACUUUGUUGUCAUUUUGCAAGGGGAUUUAAUUCAUUUAUAUGAUAAUUGUCUGUUAAGGAUUAAUUUUGAAUGAAGAAUUUCUCAGUUUGUGUGUGUUGAAAAUUUCAAAAUUAUGAAAAAAAAAUAUCUUACAGAGAGUGAAAUAAUAUUAGUAGGAAAUUUUAUAAAUUUCAGGCUUAAAUUACUGAUUGUGAUGAUCAAUACUGAAGGUCUAGUUUGUUGGUGAUGAAUAUUCUCUGAGGUGUGAAUUGUGAUGUGGUUAUGAAAAUUGACUGGAGAAUUGGU